ACCUUUCUUUUUUUAAUGUUGCUCAUACGUUCUCAGAGUUUAAAAAUUAACAAAAAAUAUAUUAUUUAUUCAUAAUUUUGACACAAUUAUUAACGUUGUUUAUGUCAUAAAAAAAUUCGACAAUUGUUUUUAUAAAGAACAGUAAAUAGACACUUUAGUUAUCAAGUGUUUUUUUUAGGAUUGUGAUUUUUAUUUUGCUUUUUUCUAAACAAAUAAACCUUGGAUUUAUAAAUGAAUAGCAAUGAAUAGUAUUGGAGAAUCUUGCAAUGAUAUUAAAAAACAAUAUGAUGCAUGUUUUCAAUCAUGGUUUUCUGAAAAUUUCCUGAAAGGUGACACGAAUGACUCCAUGUGUGCUCCAAUAUUUCAAGCUUAUCAACAAUGUCUAAAGCAAGCAAUGAAGGAUCAAAAAAUUGAAUUAAAAGAUAUCGAAACAAAUCAUCUAGGAUCAAAGAAUGAAAAAUCACCCAGCUAACAAUUAUCAAGUUAUAAAAAUGUAAAUAAACAAUUGGAUAAAUAAUAAAAUAUAUUUAUGUUUAAACAUAGUGAA